UGCCAAUAUCAGACUUCGCUAACCGGCUAAAGUGCAUUACAUUGUAAGAAUGUCAACCACAUCGCUGGACAAAGAACUGCAGGAGCGAUUAAGAGAGGCCAGUGCCAUCGGAGAUAUCGACGAAGUCAAGACUUUAGUCGACAGCGGAGUAAAUAUCAACUCCCAAAAUGAGAUCAAUGGAUGGACAUGCUUGCAUUGGGCAUGCAAAAGAAACCACAAACAGAUAGUAGCAUAUCUUCUGGACCAUGGCGCAGACAAAGAAAUUCUUACUGCAAAGGAAGAGCUGGCUGUUCAGUUAACCUCCAAACCAGAGAUCAAAAGACUUCUUGGAGUGGAGGUCGAAGAGGAACCAGAAGUAAAGGAACCAGAGCUGCCAAUCAUCCCAAACUAUCUGUCCAACCCUCCUUUCCUCUACAGCAACAUGGACAAAGAUAAUCUGAUUAUAGCACAACAACAUGCCUCCCAGAAUGGCUCCAGUGCUCCCAGUGAGGAUCUGGACUCUGAACCAGCAACUUUAUCGCCUACUCACGAGCCACAGCAGCAGCAGCAGCCACAGACGUCGAACCAGAACCAGAACCUGUUCAGUGAGAAUCCCAUUCAGAGAGACAGGCCUUACGUUCCCGUGUUAGAACAAAACGGUUCCUUGCCAACCCCCGCCAUUAAUGGGACCCUGCCCAUGGAGCUGUCCGCAGACUCUCACCAUGGCAAUCACAGCGGCCACGCCCGGCAACAGAACGGACCUGUUUGCCCCGCGUUGCCCUCGCCUGGUGGGGGCGGCAGUAGCCACGGUUCCACCGUCACCAACCCAACCGUUACCAGGCAACAGUCAAUCCCCCAGCAGCUGAACUGCCCUCAGCCGAGUCAGAGUGGGACGAUGCCAGCUUUCCAGCCGUUUUUCUUCACCAGUACUUUCCCAGUCAAUGUCCAAGAGCUGGUUUUGAAGGUCCGGAUUCAGAACCCCAACGCCAGAGAGAAUGACUUCAUAGAGGUGGAACUGGACCGUCAGGAGCUGACGUACCGGGCCCUGCUCAGAGUGUGCUGCAGAGAGCUGGACAUUAGUGCCGAACACGUGGAGAAGAUCCGUAAACUGCCUAACACCAUGCUGAGAAAGGACAAGGAUGUGGCACGGCUGCAGGAUUUCCAGGAGCUGGAGGUGGUUUUGGAGAAGGCGGAAGGCUUGUCUUUCCUCUCCUCUGGGAGUCAGGGAGGUCUGGCAGACAGACCCUGCUACAACCUGAAGGCCUCUAGACUCACGUAUUAGCCACGCCCCGCGGAUUCCCGCUCGCUUACUCUUAGGAAACAGACCGUUUCGACGUAUCCCCCUCUUCUCGGGCAUCUCCGCCUCAGAAACUCGUAACUAAAGCUCGAUUUCCCAAAAAACAACUGACAUCACCUGACAUCUUUUUCUCUUCAUUGUCCCUCCAUAGGUCUGUGUAGACUAGUAGCACCUUUGUUUGCUUGCAUGGUCCCCUCUACCAUCCCCCCCCCCCCCCACACGUUAAAUGUGGGUGUCUCUUGUCCCGCUGUGAUGUCACUGAGGUUGAUUUAGUGUCAUUAUUAACUCGUUUUUUUUUGUUUGUUUUUUUUCUCUGCUGUCUCGAGUGGCUCGUAGCAGACAGAGAUAUGUUUACUGGGAAGACCAGAGAACUUCCUGUUACCCUGUGCCGUCAAAUUCGCCUUGUGUCAAAUGUUCAGAUCCAAAUUUGAAAAUUCUGUGAGCUCUUAUCGGACCACCGUGUGGUCCUGAGUGUACUUGCGACUGUGCGACUUAACUCGUCAGAUUCCGAGCAACCAGCCCAAAUGACAUGCACGUUGUUAUCUUUCUUCAGACGCUUGUCCUACCUACUGUUUUUGUUUGUUUGUUUUGUUUUGUUUUGUUUUGUUUUUUGAAGCACACAGUGGAUUGGUUCUCGCAGAAAAAAAACAUCAAGGGGGGAGCAGAGAUGCAUGUUUGGUUUUGGCCAGAAAUUUGUUUAGGAAAAUUGUUUUAGGGAAGCGCUAUGCGGCAUGUCUUGGUUCACUGUAGGAUGGCAUAAAGCACAGUUCUCCUGAACAUGCGGAGAAAGUCAGAAGUGGAAUGGUCGAUAUUGGGGGGUUUUUUUGUCUGUUUUUUGUUGUCCUUUUAUCAGAAAUUUAUCUUUAAAAGUGAAUUGGUUUCUCAUUACCUUGUCAUGCUUACAGCUCCACGGGAGUUAGAUGAACUGUUCAUUUUUAGUUUUUGAAUAUUUCCAUGGAGGAGUACUAUUUAAGCCAAAUACAAGCGCAGUUUGUCCAAGUUCUCUGUAAUCGACUAUCAGUCUUUUUUUUCCCCGUCAUGAAUCAAGGCCUAACCAUCUCUUAUUCCUCGUGAAGAGAACUAAAAUAUGUAGCAGAGAUAGUUGCAUUGAAAACGACGGUGUGAUUAAAAGAAAAGGAUAAAUUGUAGCGCUUCCAGAAACACUUAACUCCCUUACCCCCUUAACUGACUUCUCUUACCCAUUUAGGACCUGGAGGAGUACUAAGAAUGAGGAGGGGCUGCUUUUGUACAUUUGCAGCAGUUGUGGUUCUCCAGUUUGACUCGUGGAGAGUUUUUCUUUUCUUUUUUUUUUUUUAAUGCCAAGGUGUCUCCUCUGUUAUUGACAUAUUAACACCUGUAGAAAGUUGUGAGUUGGCAUCAAAAUUUUUCCUUCUGUGACAGAGGAUAUCUUGCUCCUACAGAGAGUACACGCAUAGUUAAUACGUCAUAGCUGGUCGCAUGUUAAAUUGCAUACAUCGGAAUGCUGUGGAAACGAUACGCCCCCCCCCCCCCCCCCCCAAGUCAUUCGGGUGCGGGAGUUACUACUAUACGUUGAAUAUGGUAACAAUAAAGAAUGACACAUUUUCUAUAGCCUUUAAUGUGAUAAAUUGUUUUUAGUGAUGGGGGCUGAGCGCAAAGUUUGUUGGUUUAUUUCUGAGCUUUGUUACCACUCUUUCACAAUAGCCUUGUAAUACGGUAUUGCUGUGUAUGAAGAAGAUCUUAUUUUUUGAAAUUAGCUAUUUUUCCUUAGUUUGUGUGGAUGUGUGCGAAGCAGAGAGAGAGAGAGAGAGAGAGAAAGAACAUACACUAAUGGCUAAAAUGAAACCAGGCACUUGACUCCAGUUGCUUGAAGUCAAAAAAAAGGGAGGAAUCGACCGUUGUUGGGUUUUUUUUUAACGACGGCGAUCAUGCGGACGGAUGUCUUAUCGGAUUUGCGACGCCACUCCUUUUCCUCGAUGCUUGGUCGAAUAAGCUGACGGACGUGAACACUGCAACGCUACCGAAACAGCUUCAGAAAGUGAACCUGUUUCUCACUGAGAACCUUGCUGGUUUUGUUGGAAAAAAAAAAAAAAAACCUCUUAAUAUUGUACUAACUGGUCAAGUUCUAGAAGAUGAAUACAGUUUGACUUAACCUAUGCAUCCAGAGUCUGAUAUUUUUAUAUUUCCUGUGUACUUAAUUAAUCAUUAGGCCCUGUUUAUCGCGUGUCUACCCUUAAAUCCCUGUAUUUGCUCUUUGUUAAAGCAUGAAAAAGGAGUUACCCGACAUUUUCUCUGCUGACAUGGCUGCUAGAUGUUUAAUGAAAGUUUCCUUUUUUAGGAGUGUUAAUUAAAAGUGUGUCCUAGCUCCAGUUCUCUAGACCUACCUGACAGAAGCAUUUCAUCUUAGUCCAGUGUGAACAUUUAUCACGUUAAUCAAAUAAUUAUCAAUCUGAUAAUCAGGCUUUCUGCUGCUGAGCUAUGACGACAAAACAGGUUGUUCUGUAUCUGUGUUUCUGAAUUUGCAUUUUUUCCCAAGGAACUACUUCUUGGUAAUAUACUUUUUCCUUUGGGCUCUCUUGACGGUUUCAACCCUUUAUUCAAAGAGAGUUGGUAUUGUAUC